CUGUUAAGUCUUCCGGUCAGAAAGUAGGCGCCGCUGCUGCCAUGUAUGCAAUACGCUAGGUUUGUGGGAUUGUAAACAAACUUAACUGAACACUAUAUAAAGACCAGCUGAUGGCGCACCGCGCCAGUGCUUCCCGAGACGGUAUAGUGGGAGUACCUCAUUGGAACAUUAUUUGACAGUCCACAUGGGGAAAGUAGUUAUGGAGAGUGUUUUAAGUAUAAUGUUUACUGUGUUGACAGUGGUGAUGGCAACCCCUCAAGGAAUCGAUCCACACAGGAUCUACACGCCAGAUGAUCUAGAAGAACUGAACGCCGCUAUAGCCUACGAGAAGUGCCUGGAAACGCCUGGUUGUAACCCUAACCGCCCUCAAGAGAGAGGUACUCGCAGGUGUCAGUUGGGCUCUGGUGUGAAUACUAUACUUAAAGACGUAAUGAAUAUGCAGUGCAACCCUUUCGCUGGCGAAGUGUUGUGGCCACCCACUGGCAGCUGUGUACGUCUCCUCACCCAAGGUCCCUGCCCCAGGGGACAAUGGGUCAAACUCACCAAUCCAGGAUUGGAGCCUGUGUGUGAGCGUGUGCCAUGUGAUGCUGGCCUCGCUGAUGUAGGUAGAGGGCAGUGUGUAAGCCCCAGGAGGGCUGUAACAAUGUGCCCCCCCACACAGCAGUUAGUCAUUAACGAGUUUGGUGUGGGAGAGUGUGACUGCGCCCCGGGUCUUGUCUACUACACUGCCACCAAAACCUGCUACACUCCCUACACGCAGGGACCUUGCCCACCCAGACACAUUAUCAAGGUUGUAGAUGAGGGUAUGAGAGGUCUCGUCAAGUGCAUGGCCAACCCGUGUCCUCAAGCACAGAUGGCCAUGGUCAACUCCCAAUGUGAGGUACAGACUCGAGCAGGAGCCGACACCACCUGCCACCCCCUCGACACCCCAGGACCCUGUACCUCUGGCACCUUCACCGUCGACAAUAUCCUCUCAGAAGCUGUGUGCGUGGAGACCCACAGCAUCUUCAACCUACCCAACUUGAAGGCGUGCGCGAGGGGCUCGAUUAGAGACAGUCGUGGCCGCUGCCGCCGCAACUUUUCUUUGUUGUUGCAGGGCUCGCAAAGCUUUGUCACCAGUGCUCCCCUUAACAGACCUGAUGGCCGUAUCUGUCCCCCAGGGUACACGUUCCUAGGUGGUACUUGUCUGCGGCGGGUCUCGCGUAGAAGCACACCCACCAAGCCUUCCUAGCUGGUAGUUGUCUCACACUGGUUCUUAGCUAAUGCAUACUCAUUUUGCAAUCAUACAUACUCUUAAAAUCUCAUGCACAAAAAUCAAUAUUGACUAAUUUGUUAAACAUGGCAUCAGUGGAAAACUCGAUGUGAUAAAUCAUUGAGGUACGGAUAUACCCUCAAAAUAAUUUCUUCAAAAAUUAAGUAUGUACUUUAAGGCGAAGAAUAACACAAGUCUAGACAUCCCCUCAAAAUAAAUCCAUAUUCAUACAAGAGUAAGCAUUAUUCUAAUGAACAGACAAUUAUAUGUACCAUGUUGACUUUUAAUAAACCUGUUAUCUAUUAAUGGUUCUGAGGAUCAUCAUCCUAGUAGCCAAGUCUAAUAGUAGACCUAAAGUGGGAAGACAACAUUACAAGAACAUGAAGCAGAAAUACAGUUAAGAUAAGGGGUACAUUGAAAACAAGUAUAAAUUAAUAAUAUUUACCCAUUAUCUUGGAUGUUCAUACCAAAAGGAAAUACUAUACCAGUAAUCCAACCAAAGUGCGAAACAUUUAAUAGGCUUUCGUUUCGCACUUGUAUAACACGACAGCAUUACCUUUCUGGGUAGUGGAUGUCUACCAAUUAUGCAUUUAUUAUGAUGAUUUUUAAGAUUUGAUGAGAGAAGGAAGGUUACUGGGCAGUGCCAUGCAUCCUGUGAGUGAACACAACACUAUGACUGUACAUAUCAGCCCAAAUAAUUGACAUACUCCUGGCAAUAUCAACUCAAUCUUUGUUUCAUUAUACAGGUAUCAUUAUCUAUAAUUAACCUCAUCUAUAAAUAUCCCUUUACAAUUACUCUUAUCUAUUUACAACAAACCUUGGAUAUAUAUUUUUUGGCAAAAUACUAAGCUAAUUAAGAUUUCACCAAACGUUAACCUUGUAAUAAUACAUUCCCUCCCCCCACCUUGUGCAUAAACAAAUCCCAGGAGACACGAGACUUGUAUAGUCAACUUACAGGUUCACCUGCAACACUGGCCGACUCAAGAGAAUAACUGUUGAAACCACUGAGAGGUGGUGUGUGACUACACUACCUCACACAUCCAUCAUCAAAGAGUUGAACCUCAGGUCAACACACCUCGAGGUUUUUUUCUUACGUGGGCUGAUAAAAGAGCCCUGCUAAGUGAAUCAUCGUCACGCAGUAAGCAUAAUACAGUACACUGGACCCUCGACCAACGAUGGCAUCGUCUAACGUUAGAUUCGACUAACGAUAUAUGUUAACGCUAACAUGUUGCCUCGACUAACGAUAAAAAAAACUCGACUAACGAUAUUCGUUCUCGGGUACCAAUUAAUAUCGUUAGUCGAGGGUCCACUGUAUUUAGAUCACAUUUUAAACCAUUUAUAUCUGACUAUUAAACAAAUCUGAAAGUUAUUUAAAAACCAGACUUUAAAAAAAAUAUGUUACUUAAAAAUACCAAUAAAACAAAGUUCAUUAUGAAACAAGGACAUACUGUACAAGCUCUCCCCCCAAAAUGGCAAUACAAACAAAACACAUGGAUAAUAAUGGUUACCAAGUAACUGAAACUGAUAACUGAAUGACGUUACGGAGAGCCCUAGACCAUUAUCAUGUGUUCAAUGAGUGACAGCAGUCACCAUUAAGGACUAAGCCAUCACAGCUGCAGCAGCAACACUUGACAAACUCAAGGGCUGGUCUGUCAUGCUUCAAAUCUUCCUUAAGAUUUCCUUGGGAAGAUUCAUGGGCUUAUGUAUGUUAAUUAUUCAAAACACCCCCCCCCCCACACACACACAUCUCUGACACACACCACACGUGCAUGUGCAACCACUGAACCUACAAUAUUAAUAAACAUCUGUGAUAAUAAUUGUGUUCUGCUUAUUUCCACCAUCUUUAUACACCUACCAUCCGACUUACAACCAAGCUUGGUUCUGACGAACUGGUCGUAAGUCAAAAUGGACACAAGUCGAACCUUACUACUGAAUAUCAACAUCACAUUUUUGUAAUGACUAUUUUAUUGUUUUAUUCUGGUAUUUCAUUUUUUACAUUACUUUUUAAGCUGUUAGUACUGUGUUUUAUACUGUAAGGUUUAGGAUAAACACUGUGUACAUCACAAACAGUUGUUUAUUUCCCAGAAAUUUGGCACACAAAACAUGGUCGUAAGUUGAGUGGUCGUAUGUCGAGCAGGUCAUAAGUCGGAUGGCAGGUGUAAUUAUAUAUAUAUAUGCUGGGAGCAAGGGGCUAGUAACCCCUUCUCCUGUAUAAAUUACUAAAUGUAAAAGGAGAAACUUUCGUUUCUCCUUUUGGGCCACCCCGCCUCGCUGGGAUACAGCCGGUGUGUUGAAAGAAAGAUAUAUAUAUAAACACACACACACAAAACAACCACUGUGAAAGAAUAGUGAAAUUCAAAGCACUUUCGUGACUACUCACAUUAUCAGGGAACAAUAAAAGUAAUACAACAAAGGAAGGCAUAUAAAGGGUUUAGACCACACCUCACUAUCACAUCCCACAACAAAGAAACACCUGACGUGUGACAAAGUGCAACUCAUAAGAAAGAGAACACUACAGCAAGCCCGCUGGUCCAACUAGACAGGUCCUUCACGGCAUCCCACAAAUAAACUAUUCUACCCAAGAAUUAAGAUUUAUUAUUUGUCCAAUGUAUUAUUAAAUUCUUCCCAAAUUCUAUUAAUUAUAAAUGAAUCUAAUUUAUAUAAACCAAAGGAAAUACAGUGGAUCCUUGCAUAACGAUAUUAUUUCAAUCCAGAAGUCUGUUUGGGUGCCAUUAUAGACCGAAUUUGUUCCCAUAAGAAAUAUUGUGAAUUAGAUUAGUCCGUUUCAGACCCCCAAAAAUACACCUACAACAGCACUUACAAAAAUACACUUACAUAAUUGGUCGAGUUGGGAGCUGAUCGUUAUGCGGGGGUCCACUGUAUUCAUAUUAUUUUCAAAACUGCUUUUUAUAAAACAAGAUUCAAUUAUAUUCCUGUCAACCAUGGACUUCCUUGAUACGACUUUCUCAUCUUUUUGAAAAUCAAUUGGAUGGUUAAAAUUUCUCACAUGCAUAAAUAGAGCAUUGGAAUCUUGUCCAGUUCUAAUGCUAUAUUUAUGUUGUUUUAAUCUUAGUUCAAUACGUUUACCAGUUUGACUAACAAAUUUUAUCCCAAAUUUUACAAGGAUAUUAAAAGUCUUAAGAAGAGAAGGCAUAUCAACAAAAUUUUCAUGGUAAGGGAGAACCAACAUAUUUUUAGUUGAAUAAGGUUGGUUGUCCUUUUUUGGAUUGUAAAAAGUAUUUCUAGCAAUUUUAAAAGAUUUAUCAAUUACGUUUUUUGGGUAUUUCAGAUCAUUAGCUAUUUCAUAAAUUUUGGAUAUAGUAUCUUCAUCUAUGAACUCUGGACUACAAAUACGCAAAGCUCUCAAAAACACUGAUGAGAAAACAGACAGUUUAACUCUAUGUUGUGGUGAAGAAUAAUAGUGUACAUAGGAACAGUUAUUUGUAGGUUUUCUGUAAAUUUUAAAAAUGAAUUCAUUAUUACCCUUAAUAAUUAAAACAUCUAGAAAAGCCAAUGAGUUAUUUUCCUCAAACUCAACAAUAAAGUUUAUAGAACGGGCUAAGCUAUUUAACAAAGAAAUGGUGUAUAUCUACAUUCUUGGGCAUAAGACACAAAACACCAUCAACAUAUCUGAACCAUUUAGCUCUAUUAGGGAGGAUUGUGUUAAGCAGCCUUCUUUCAAAAAAUUUCAUGUAUAGGUUACUAAG